AUGUUGGCUCCGCCGUUGGGAGAAGGAGACGAGACGGCCAUUGAAGCAACGGGUGCGACCAAUUUCACCGGAGACGCCUUCUUCACUCAACUACUCGACCAUGAUAACCCCAACAAAGGAACCUUCAAGCAAAAGUACUGGUAUAAUUUCCAGUACUGGAAAGGACCAGGUUCUCCAGUUGUCUUGUUCACGCCAGGUGAAAGUGCUGCUGGACCAUACGGUGCCUAUUUGACCAACGUGACCCUUACGGGUUUGCUCGGCCAGGAACUCAAUGGAGCCGUAGUUAUGGUUGAGCAUCGAUAUUGGGGUGAAUCAUCUCCUUAUGCCGAUCUGACUGCCGAGACCUUGCAACUCUUGAACCUGCACCAGGCCAUUCAUGACUUCGUAUACUUUGCGAAGACUGUCGACUUACCGUUUGAUAAGAAUCAUAGCAGCAACGCAGAUAAGGCGCCUUGGGUUUUCACGGGAGGAUCUUAUUCAGGUGCAUUGACAGCAUGGACAGAGCAUAUUUCUCCUGGCACCUUCUGGGCAUAUCAUUCAUCCAGUGCUCCUGUGGAGGCCAUUGAUGACUACUGGCAAUAUUUUGUUCCCAUUCAGCAGGGGAUGCCGAAGAACUGCAGCAAGGACGUCAACCUCGUUAUUGAGUAUAUGGAUUAUAUUUUCACACACAGAAACGAGUCCGACCAAUUGGCAUUGAAGAAAAAAUUCGGACUGGAGUAUCUCAAGCAUGGAGAUGAUGUUAUGGGUGUUAUUGAGAACGGUCCAUGGUUGUGGCAGUCAAACAGCUUCUACACCAAUUAUUCCGACUUCUAUAGAUUUUGCGAUUACAUUGAGAAUGUACUUCCUGGGGCCAAAGUGACACCAGAUGAGAAUGGUGUCGGUCUCGAGAAAGCUCUGGACGGCUAUGCAAAGUGGACCCCAACAUUUGUCUACGGCUACUGCAGACAAUUCGGUUAUAAGAGCAACACCACUUUGGAAUGCUUCGACACGUACAAUGCAUCUAACCUUUACUUCGCGAACAGAACCGUCGGAAAUGGCGCGGAUAGACAGUGGAACUGGAUGCUUUGCAACGAGCCGUUUUACUACUGGCAAAACGGAGCUCCUCGAGGCAAGCCUACCCUAGCUUCCCGCCUCAUUAAUUCCCCAUACUGGAAGCGUCAAUGCCCCAUCUUCUUCCCAACCACGAACGGCUACACAUAUGCCAGCGCUGUCAGCCCCGACAACAACGAACACCAAGUGAACAAGCACACCCAAGGCUGGAGACUGGAAAACACCACCCGUCUCAUUUGGACAAACGGCGAAUUCGAUCCCUGGCGAACAUCCGGAGUGUCUUCUGAAUUCCGUCCAGGGGGACCGCUGGAGUCAACGAAAGAGGCGCCACUGCAGAUCAUUCCCGGUGGUUUCCACUGCUCCGAUCUGAGGUUGAGGAAUGGGCUGGUCAAUGCUGGAGUCCAGAAGGUCAUCGAUAAUGAGGUUUCUCAGAUCGUAAAGUGGGUUGCGGAGUGGCCUGGCGAGAAGUAA